CAUCCUGCCCGCCCCCUGUCUUUGGGCCUUUCUCCAUUGUCUUGUGUGUAUGUGUGUGUGAAGAGGAUCAACCCAUGAGCCAUCCAGUGACCUCUCCUCCAAGAUAUUGAUGGUAUUCAACCCGCUCUUGACCAGUACCAUGACGCAGAAGUAACGAAUACGGUGAUGACCGUUGUAAAGUUGUCGGGGGUAUAAAUGCCUGUACCUUUUGAUGUCCGGCCAACUUCCACCAAGAUCAAAAGUGCGCAAGCAAAUAAGGGAAAACAUGACGCCGCGUCCGGGAGAGCGCGCCAAUAUAUGGACUACCGCUUGGGGUUGUCAUCUCCACAGGAGACGAGUCCUUUCAAAUUGCAUCAAUAACG